AUGAAAUUUGAAAUCAAUUCAAUGAAUUCAAUAGAUUCAAUAAGAAAUAAAUUAUUAUUCCCUACAGUUAUAUCAAAUCGUAUAUCAUCUAGUCAGUCUAUUUUAAAAGAUACAACUUGUCCAAAUACUAAAAUGUUUAUGUCACAUGAACAAGCUCUAGUUACAUUAACCGAAAGAACAUCAUAUCCAAUAUUACAAGAGAAUGGUCAACGUUGUUAUGGUCCACCACCAAAUUGGUUAGGACCAAAACCACCAAAAGGUUGUGAAAUAUUUAUUGGGAAAAUACCACGUAAUUGUUAUGAAGAUGAAUUAAUUCCAAUAUUUGAAUUAAUUGGUCAAAUUUAUAUGUUUCGUUUAAUGAUGGAUUUUAAUGGAUUAAAUCGUGGUUAUGGUUUUUGUUUAUAUACAAAUCGUAAUGAUACAAAACGAGCUGUAAAUGAAUUAAAUAAUUAUGAAAUACGUAAAGGUAAAUUGUUAGGCGUUUGUUAUAGUAUUGAUAAUUGUCGUUUAUUUAUUGGUGGUAUACCAAAAACAAAAACAAAAUAUGAAAUAAUGUUAGAAAUAUGUAAAAUAACAAAUGGUGUAAAAGAUGUUAUUGUUUAUUCAAGUAUAGAAGAUAAAACAAAGAAUAGAGGAUUUGCAUUUAUUGAAUAUGAUAAUCAUAAAACAGCAGCAAUGGCUAGACGUAAAUUAAUUCUAGGACGAAUACAAUUAUGGGGUUAUCAAAUUGCAGUGGAUUGGGCAGAACCAGAACAUGAAGUUGAUGAAAAUAUUAUGUCAAAAGUCCGUAUACUAUACGUUAGAAAUUUAAUGUUAGAUACAACAGAAAAUGCAGUAAAGGAUCAUUUCAAUCAAGCAAUUAAUUCAAUUAAUGCUGUUGAACGUGUUAAAAAAAUUCGUGAUUAUGCUUUUGUUCACUUUCGUGAUCGAUUAGAUGCUGUUGCAGCGUUAAAUCAAUUAAAUGGUACUUUACUUGAUGGAGCACAAAUUGAAGUGUCUUGGGCAAAACCUGUCAAUAAAAAUGAUAAUUUAAGAACAAGUCAUCAUUGUCAAUCAAUUUUAACAAUCAAUUCAAACUAUACUAAUCAUAAUAAUAGUAGUAUUAAUUAUAAUAAUAUAAGUUUAUCAGAAUAUACUCAAAAACAAGCCUUAUCAUUGUUCUCAACAUCAUCAUCAUCAUCAUCAUCUUUGUCAUUAGGCGGUUCAUCUAAUACAUUCAUCAUACCGUCAACUUCAUCAGAACUAUUCUAUUCUAAUGCAUUAACAAAUAAUAUACCUUUGCAACAAUUACAUCAUUCUAACUUAUAUCCUUUUACAUCAUUAAUUAAUCAGUCAAUCAUAACAUCGAAUUCAUAUCAUUCAUAUUAUACUCCAAAUGUGUUCACACAAACCAAUCUACAUAAACAUCAAACACAAUGUAAUCCAUUACUGAAUUAUACUAUGAAUCCUAAUUCAUUAUUAUCCAAUUAUACCAUUUCUUCAUCAUGGCCAUCAUCAUCAUCAUCAUCAUCAUCUAUGAUAUCGAUUGUUAAUCCAAUGAAUACAUCGUCUACAAUGAAACAUUCUCAUCAUGAUAUCAGUAAUAAUAAUUUAAUCAAUAAAUCAAUCAAUAACAAAUCAUCAUUAACAUUGAAUCAAAUUUGUUUAAAUGAAUUAUGUCAUUCAAUUACAAAAUUGAACAUUGAAAAGAAUAAAAUUAAAAAUGAUUCAAUAUUGAAUACAGAAUAUAAACAAUUAAAACAAGAUCAAUUAAAUCAAAUAAUAUUGAAAAAAUGUAAUAUUUUAAAUGUAAAGAAAGAUAUUAGUUCUUUUGAAACAAGUACUUCAUUACAACCUUCAUUAAUUUCAAACCAAAAUAAUUCAAACGAUUGUUCAUUCGUUUUAAAUAAUGAAAGUGUUAACCGAUUGAAUAUUGACCAUUCCAGUAUAGAUGAUCAGCAGAUAACAAAUGCUAAUAAAUUAUUAAUAGAUAUUUGUAUCAAAAAUGGACUUGGUUUGCCAAACUUUACUAUUCUGACACAAAGUUGUAUUGAUCAAAUCUAUGGAAAAAGAAUGAAUUUAUACAUUGGACAAGUUUUUUUACCAAUGAUCAAUCGUCAAUUCACUUCUAAGUAUCCAUCAAUUACUAUGGAAGAAUCAUUACAAUCAGUUAGUGAAUUAGCAAUUAUUUGGCUAGUAAAUGAUUAUUUCAUACGUAAUAAUAAUAAUGGUAUCUAUAGUAAUGGUAAUUGUUAUAGUUUAUCUAAUGUUAACAAAGUUAUACAUAAUGAUCAUCAUUAUGAAAAUAAUAUGAAUGAUCAUCAUCAUAAUAAUAAUAAUCCUUCAACUACAUCUUUGAAUUACACUAAUCCGAGGACAUACAUUUCACCAUCUUCAUAUGAUCGUACAUUUGUAUCUUAUUCUUUACCGAUAUCAUUGAAUCAAUUUACAAAGAAUUAUCAUUCAUCUAUUCAUAAUAAAAAGGAUCCAAUUCAUUUUAGAUCACCAUUAACCAUUUGUACAGAUUUCAAUCAUUAUGAUCUUAAUGAAUCUUUUAAAUCUUUUAAUCAUUAUGAUUUUGAUCCAGAUCAGUCAGAUUUCAUGUUUGAUAUAGAUAGUAAUGAUAAUAAUAAUCAUAAUAGUUAUGGAUCUAAAACAGAUUUAUACUUAAACAAAACAAUCAAUAACAUUGAACUCAAUUCAUCAAAUCUACUAACAUCCUAUCAAAAUACUCAUAACUUUCAAUCAUCUAUACAAAAUAAUCAGAAUUCAAUUAAUGAUAAAUUGUUAAAUGAUAACACUGAGGAUAUUGAUGAUAUAAAUUCAUUUUUAAUAAAAUCAAAAUCGAUGAUGAUCCAUUCAAUGAUCCAAAUUAUGAAUUAUCCAAUAUCAAUUAUAUGA